UUCAUUCAAAGGCAAACUAACCAAUCAGAUUGCACGUUAUUGUGGAGUGGCCAGGUCUGGACGCUCUCCGUGAAGUCAACAUGUCUUCAGAUGGUAAUAAUGGCCAGAGCCAAGCACCUCCUUUUGCUGGGGUCCCAACCUCAGGCAUGCCACCGCCUUUUAUGGGACCACCGGGAAUGCCGCCUCAUUACCCACCAAUGGGAAUUCCACCCAUGGGACAGAGGCCUCCCAACAUGGCUCCCAUGCCGCCUGGCAUGAUGCCACCUGGUAUGAUGCCACCGAUGGGACAGAUACCAGGCAUGAUGCCACCUAUGAUGCCCGGGAUGAUGAUGCCCCCUCACAUGCCUGCCGCGGCGAUGCAGCCAACAGGACCGCCUGGAGUGGACACAACUGUCACUGCUGCGCCUGGAACAGUUGGUACCACAAAUGGCACGCCACAGGAUGACCAACCGAAGAAGAAGUCUGUGUGGACAGAACACAAGUCUAUGGAUGGGAAGACCUACUACUACAACACAGAGACCAAGCAGUCUUCUUGGGAGAAGCCUGACGACUUGAAAUCUCCUGCAGAACAAAUGCUGUCAAAAUGCCCAUGGAAGGAGUAUAAAUCAGACAAUGGCAAGGCGUACUACUACAACUCCCAGACUAAGGAGUCCCGGUGGACCAAACCCAAAGAGCUUGAAGAUCUGGAAGCCAUGAUAAAAGCCGAGGAGAAUGGGACAUCGGAGGUAGGCGCUCCUUGCGCUGUAAUCGCCCCUACCCUUCAGCCUGACAGCGCUGCUGUCAUGGCGACCAUGAUGAUGGAAAUGCCGGUCAUGAUGCCGAUUACAACAGUUUUGGAGGAACAGAUGUCCCAGGUGCCCAUGCAUGUAGCGGAGGUCAGCGCUGAGGCGCCUGUGAACUCCACAGAAGAAGCGGUCGGCAUGGAGGCCUCAGCCAGUAAUGACGCUUCAAAGGACGAGAGGCCAGAGCUGGUGAAGAAAACAUACAAGUGGAACACGAAAGAAGAGGCCAAGCAGGCCUUUAAAGAGCUCCUGAAGGAGAAGGGCGUUUCAUCCAAUGCGUCUUGGGAACAAGCCAUGAAAAUGAUCAUCAAUGACCCACGCUACAGUGCCCUGCCCAAAUUAAGCGAGAAAAAGCAGGCCUUCAAUGCUUACAAGGUGCAGACAGAGAAAGAGGAGAAGGAGGAGGCCAGACUCAAAUACAAGGAGUCCAAGGAAACAUAUCAGAGAUUUUUGGAGAAUCACGAGAAAAUGACAUCUACCACCAGAUACAAGAAAGCAGAGCAGAUGUUUGCAGAGCUGGACGUGUGGAGCACCGUCCCGGAGAGAGACAGACUGGAGAUCUAUGAAGAUGUCCUAUUCUACCUGGCCAAGAAGGAGAAGGAGCAAGCCAAGCAGCUGAGGAAGAGGAACUGGGAGGCGCUGAAGAACAUCCUGGACAACAUGGCCAACGUGACGUACCGCACAACCUGGUCUGAGGCCCAGCAGUACCUGCUGGACAACCCCACCUUCGCAGAGGACGAGGAGCUCCAGAACAUGGACAAGGAGGAUGCUCUGAUCUGUUUCGAGGAGCACAUCCGAGCGCUGGAGAAGGAGGAGGAGGACGAGAAGCAGAAGACUCUGCUGAGGGAGAGGAGGAGACAGCGCAAGAACAGAGAGUCCUUCCAGAAAUUCCUGGACGAGCUCCAUGACCACGGUCAGCUCCACUCCAUGUCUGCCUGGAUGGAGAUGUACCCCACCGUCAGCUCAGACAUCCGCUUCGCCAACAUGCUGGGCCAGCCAGUUUAUGGUGUCUAUUCUGCAGGCUCCACUCCCCUCGAUCUGUUCAAGUUCUAUGUGGAAGACCUGAAGGCUCGCUACCACGACGAGAAGAGGAUCAUUAAGGAUAUCCUGAAGGACAAAAACUUCUUGGUUGAGGUCAACACUAGCUUUGAAGACUUUGGCUCUGUGAUCAGCUCAGACAAGAGAGCCAUGACGCUGGACGCAGGCAACAUCAAGCUGGCCUUCAACAGUUUGCUGGAGAAGGCGGAGGCCCGGGAGAGGGAGCGGGAGAAGGAGGAGGCCAGGAAGAUGAAGAGGAAAGAGGCUACCUUUAAGAGCAUGUUGAAGCAGGCCACCCCGGCCCUGGAACCAGAGGCCACUUGGGAGGGGGUCCGAGAAAGGUUCCUCAAAGAAUCUGCGUUCGAAGACGUGACUCUGGAGUCUGAGAGGAAAAGGAUAUUCAAAGACUUCAUGCAUGUCUUGGAGCACGAGUGCCAGCAUCAUCACUCCAAGACCAAGAAACAUUCCAAGAAGUCCAAGAAGCACCACAGGAAGCGCUCCCGCUCCCGUUCUCGAUCACGAUCGGGCUCGGAGUCUGAUGGUGAAGACGAUUAUCACAACAAGAAGAAGAAGCGCUCACAGUCCAAGUCCCCGUCCGAGCGCUCCUCCAGCGGUGAAUCUGAGAGAAGUUAUAAGAAGUCCAAGAAGCACAAGAAGAAGGGGAAGAAGAGGCGUCACAAGUCGCAGUCUCCUGAAUCUGAAGGCGAACGAAAAGAUAAAGGAAGAGAGAGGGACAGCAAGCGUGAGAAGGACCAGGAGAAGGAGAAAGAGAGCGACAAGUCCCGGGGGAAGAGUCGCUCUGACUCUAAGCAGAAGUCGCCUAAAAGGAAAUCUACCAAGGAGGAGAUGUCUUUCUGUAGGGUGGCUGGGACACAUCAGGCAGCGAGCUGAGUGAAGGAGAGCUGGAGAAGAGGAGGAGGACUCUACUAGAACAGCUGGAUGCUCCUUGAUGUUCCGUUUCUCCUCAUGCUUUCUUCACUUCAUCCAACAUGCAUUCCCCCUAGUGCUUCCUUUUCAGCGUAAUGCCACACAUGCUUGGACAGGUGCUGCAAAAUUCUGGUAAAUUUCCCCUAAAUUCUGGUAAAUUUUCAGGAAUUCCCAUUUGGGAGAUUCUCCUAAUUCCUGUCAAUUCUGGGGAGUUUACCAGAAUUUCGCAACCCUACUUUGACUGUACGUAAACGAUUCCCUGUAUGUUUUGUAUAAUGGGAAUGAAUCCGCCACACCAGCACAAGAAUGCUGGGUACAUAUUUUCUUUGUUUCCUUACAUAAUGGGAAGUGGUCACCGGCUGAGUUGACUACUUUAUCAGAGUACGGUCUACUAAGUUGAAAUGUUGCCUUUGAUAAUGCCCUUUCUCUUUGUAAUUUGUAGAAGUUUUUCUUUGCUACUAGUUUGAUAUCUAAAUGGAUGAGAAGCGCAUCUUAACAUUGCUCUUUACGGUGACUUUGCCCUGCAGUUCAUUUUCUUAGUUUGAGUCCCAAAUGCCACCAUAUUCCCAUUAUAAUGCACUACGUUUGACCAGGGACCAUGGUCAAAAGUAGUGCACUCUAUAGGGAAAUAGUUUUUCACUGUUUGUCCCAAAGUCCGUUUGAAGAAUCCAUGUUUUAUGUUCUGUACAUUUGAUUUAAAAAAACAACUGGUAAAUGUCUCUGAAACAAGACAUUUUUAAAUUAAUCUUACGUUUAGGAUUGGUUCGAUCAAUUUUCAUUGGAGGAAUUGAGAAAGUCCUCAUGACCUGAUCUAUAAAUGUAAUAAAAUAGUUGACAUGGA